CGAGAUUUGAAAUAGUAUGAGAUGAAGUGGGAAUGUAGAGCAAUUGGGAAAUUACGCAGGGACCCCUCGGCGAUCUCAGAGUAGUUGCUCUGGCCAGUGUAGCGGUGCAAUAAAAUUGGGAAAUUUCAUGUGAGAUUGGAAUUGGAAUUCCAAUUCCAAAUCCUAUACUCCUUCCAUCCUUUAAAUUUAGAAAUUUUGAAGCGGAUUUAAUCGCGCUAGAGGAGCGGAUGUUCAAUUUUCAAAUGAAAUAAAAGCCGAAAACAAAUUUUGUGGGUUCACUCUCGUCAACUUCAUCCCAAAUCAAAGCAUGACAUACUUUUGUCUGAAUUUCUUCCAUGGAACAGCUAACAAAAUCCAAUUCUCACACUCUCUUGUUCCUUGGUUAAGAAGGAACAUCGGCUGCGCUCAAGGAAGGGGCUACAGUAGCUCUCCUCCUCUACUCAGAUACAUCACCGGAAAAGCUCUAAACAAGGAACAAAAUGGAACUACUUCUUUACCUCCGAGGGCAAGUGCUGAGGGGCUUGAAUUCCACAACCAACCAAACAGGAACAGGAGCCUUCCUUCUGAUGUAUAUAGUGGGUUCAAUCUGGCUGUGGAAGAAGAGAUUGAGGGAGAUUUUACGGCCGUGGCUGAUGAAUUCAUCCAAGAUCCCGAAGAUAGUAGUAGAAGAUACUGUGGGAUGCAAGAUGCGCAGAAUUCUGCAAUCAAGUUGCUUGCGUCCAGGGCAUUUACUUCUAUGGAACUGAAGAAGAAACUGGAAGGAAUGAAAUUUCACCAUGAAACUAUAGAUGCAGUCAUAACAGACUUCCAGAGCAGGGGUCUGAUUAAUGAUUACUUAUAUGCGGAAACAUAUACCCGAUCCAGAUGGUCUUCCUCAAGCUGGGGCCCUCGUCGAAUCAGACAAGAACUUUUCAAGAAGGGGAUAAGUGAAGCUGAUGCAGAAAAAGCGAUAAAACUAGUAUUUGUGAACAGUGAAGGUGACGAAGAUGAGGAUUCAGGAAUAGCCAUGUCAAAGUCUUCAAUUGACCAGUUAUAUGCUCAGGCCUCAAAGCAAUGGCAGAGAAGUCAAGGCGCAUUACAAGAGACACGGAAGUCGCGAAUAGUCCGCUGGCUUCAAUAUCGUGGCUUCAACUGGAGUGUGAUCAAAUAUGUAUUAAAGAAGUUGGAAUCUGGGGGUCCUUCCUAAAGCAAUCGUCAUUGUGCUGCUUCCUGUAUCAGGUGUGAUAGAUGACGACUCUGCCUUGAGCCAUUCUUGACAGGCCUACCUGUUCAAGCUUGGAUUGACCAGAUGAGGUUAAGUACCAGCAGUAAAUGACGGAAGUAACAAGUAGGAGGUGGCUGCCGGAGUGGUUCCAUUCCAGAUACCAAAUUACAGUGCAUCGAUACAUGUAAAGAAUAGAAAUGGGCACAUCUCAAUCUGAUUCUCGAGUUGUGAAUGGUAGUCAUGCCUGGGGUUCAGUGAAAUGUAUAUGUGUUGUAGGUGUUUGAAAUUUUGGAUGCACGAACAGAGCAAGGAUGUUUUGACGUUUCUGGUUGAGCAAGGUGAUGGACCUCUUUACCCACUUAUCAUCUGUCAUUACAUGUACUGCCUCCGCCUCACUGUAGUAGAGACGUUUCGUUUUUAUUACUCGUUUUGAAACGAUAAUAAAUAGUUAAAGUGCAGAGAGAGUAAAGUAAAUAAAUACUGAUGUUGAUAAUAGUCUUCUUUUCAUUAUUAUCUCUCUUAUUCUACUUUCUCUCCACUGUAUCUAUUUAUUAUCAUUUUUCUAAAAUGAGUGCUCAAAACGAACCGCAUCUACUACCGUAUGACUUCAGAACACUAUUUAUUUUCUCUCUU